CCUCUCCUCAUCCACUUUAAGCGGGACGCUUCAGCCUUCUUUUCCCCAUGCCUCCUCAAUGUGGAGGUGCUGCACGUGUACUUGGAAAAUUACAUGCACAUCUCUGAGCAGCUUUGUGAGAGAAUGUGAUUGGGAAAAACAGAGAAGAAUGACAACUUGAUGAUUGACACCAGCCCUGAAGUAAAUGAAAAGUCCAUGCAGACCAUGUUUAACCAUUUGCGCUAUUUGAGUGAUAUCAGGGUGGACCAGCACCUCAGACUGACGUUCCUGUUUCAGGAGUCUGCCCUGCGCUUCAUUGGUCUGUUCAGUCAGUGCCACUCCAGAAUGCUGGACUUUAUAAAAGAGCUGGAAAGGAGAGCUGGCAAACUAGAUAAGAUGAAGAAAGGGGGUUAUAUCUCCAGUGUGGCAGGCAGUGCAGUGGGGGCGACCAGAGGGGCUCUGACCAUAACAGGCCUUUGUCUUGCCCCUGUUACUGCUGGGCUGUCACUGGGACUCACCAUCGCAGUGAUUGGAAUGGGUGUGACCAGUGGGGUCAACAGUCUAACCACCGGUGUUACAAAGGUGGCAUUUAAAAGCUACCAAAACAAGAAAGCCAAUACAAUCUUUCAAUGUUUCAUGGAGGACAUGCAAAGACUGCAUGGUAGUCUGGAGAAGGUGGCCAGCAACAUUUGCCCUUUGGAGCCGAAGGUGGUGGCAUUAGUGGUUGGGAAGAAUAUAGGCAAAGGUGGUGCGAGUUUAGGAAAGAAGAUCAAUGGCAUAGUAAAAAAUACCUCUGCAAUAGAGGCCUUAAUGGGAAAAGGCAUGGUUAUGGGUGCAGGCAAGUUGGGACUUCAAGAGGGCAAAACCUUUGCAGCAGAUUUACCUGACAUUGGGAUGUUGGCCCAAGGCACUCCACUCGCCCUCUCUAGGACAUUAAGGUGUGGCCUCAAAUGCCCUAUUCAUUGGCCUGGAUAUCAUCACUAUCUGUAAAGACAGUGUCAGCCUUGCCAAAGGCAGCAAGAGCAAGAGCAAGAGAUCCCAGCUCAUCCGAGCCAGAGCAGUACUGUGGCGCACAGAGAUCGACUCAUGUCAGAGGAUCCAUGACUCACUGUGCCGAGGCAUCUGGAGGUUCAGAAAGAGUCAGCGAAUCCUGGAGAAACCCUUUUACCUUGUGAAGGAGUUUGAAAGUCUAGAGCCGCUUGUGCAGAUGAGACUCAUGGAGCAGCCUGAGGAUGAUUUGAAACUCUGGUGCAGCUUAUGGAGGAGACGAGACUCCUGAGGAACCCUAUGGAGGAGACGAGACUCCUGGGGCAGCCUAAGGAGAAGAUAGAAAAAGGUACAAAAGUUGUUAAAUUGAUUUGCCCUUAAACAUGUCACAUACUGUACACAGCAGAUGUUGAAUAAUAUUAUGUACAUGUAUUAGCAAAAAUACUCAAUGUCAAGCCUUGGUCUUAGUAGUUUGUGUUUUCUUUAUUUGUUUGGUCAGGCCAGGGUGUGACAUGGGUUAUUGUGGUCUGUUUUUGUCUUAGGGGUUUGUGGGGUGUCUACGUAGUCUAUGGCUGCCUGAGGAGGU